AUGAGCGAUAACUCUUCUUUUGAUGCUGAAACCUCCAGCAUAAAUAAUUCAGACAAAGAAAUCUCAUCUUCUGAUGAGCAGGCUUCCAGCAAACAAUCUUUCAAUACCUCCAGGUCUAGUCAUUCCAAAACCCAAUCAAAUCAAUCAGUUGAGGAAUAUUCUUCCAGCUCAGACCAAGAUGAGGACGAUGAAACGGCUUCCAAUAAUGAAGAAAGUUCUGUAACAGAUAGAGAAGAGAUCUUCACCUCCGAUGAUUGUUCAGAAAACUCUGGUCCAGAUGAUCCACCAUACUCGUUUAACUCUGAUACCCAAUCCGACUCAUCCAAAAGUGAUUCAGCUCCUCCUGAUACUAGCGAACAACACCAAAAAAACAUAGUUCAAAAUCUACUCUCAACUGGCUACAAAGGUCCACAUAUCUUAAAAAUUCUUUGGGAUGAACAUGGAAUACAGAUGUCUGCUAGAACUCUCAGCUGA